GUUUUCCUGUCGUCAUUAGUUUUGGCACGAGUCGCUCGGCGAAGCUCACGCGCCCUUCCUGCGUCGUACUGUCCCGUCCUCAGCGCACUGCGUCAUGGCGACGGACGGCGGUGAAAAAGUUACGCAUUUCCUAAUCGGAGUGUGCUGAAUAUCACUGUGGCAGUCAGCAGAUACACGUUAUGGUGGAUUACAGUGUUUCAGAUGCAGCCGGAGUCUCAAAGAGAGGUGGCCCUUUUAAAAUGGAGGAGCUGGCUCUGAGUGCACUGCUGGAAUGUCCUUUGUGUUUUGUGCCACUGGAUGUGUCAGCCAAGGUCCUGCCCUGCCAGCACACUUUCUGUCUGUCCUGCCUGCAGAGGCAGGAGGCGGCUCACUCCCAGCUUCUCUGCCCAGAGUGUCACGCUCCUGUCCCUGCCAGGACUGUGGAGGAGCUUCCUGCAAACCUCUUGCUAGUGAGGCUCCUGGAGGGGCUCCAGAGCUCACAGGGGCCCAGCAAGGAUGGACAGACAGCCCGCUACGCAGUGCCCUUGGUCAGGGGCGGUCUGACUGUCAGGGACGGUCAGCAGCAGCCUGAGAGUCAACACAGAGAGAAGCAAGGGCACAAUGAGCUCGCUCUGAGAGCUUUGACGCGUAACCAACGAGGUGAUUCGUCGGGAGAGCUGGUCCUCACACCCAGUAACAGUAUCACCCUGAAGCACAAAGUGGAUGAGAGCUGGCACCGCGGAAAUGCCGGUGACAGUAGCAGCGCAUCUGUCAAUGCCAGCAUGCUGCAGGCCGUCAGCCAGAUGCCUCAGCUGCAGCCCUUCCAGCACUCCCAACCUCUGGCUCUCUGCAGGGCGCUGCAUGACUUUAACCCCGAAGAGAUGAAUCUGGAAGACAGUAAAUAUUGUCUCAGCUUCCUCAAGGGAGACAUCCUUGCUGUCAUCAGACGGGUGGAUGAACACUGGAUUGAAGCCAGGCUCGGGGAGAAAGUUGGAAUUUGCCCUCUGCAGUUUACAGAGCCAAACUCAGUGGCUGCCAAACUGCUAGAGGGAAGGAAUCAGAGGGGGAGUGACUCAGCAGAAUUUCACCAUCGGACUGGGAGUGGGGGCAAAGACAAGGCCACUGACGUAUCCAACAGGACCACCCAUUACGGAGUCCCUCAGGUCCCGGCAAAGACACCCAUCAUCAAUGCUUUGCCCCUCUCCAACCAGCGGAGAAAACCUGCAGCCAGCAACUUUUAUCAGACUGCCAAAGGAGAGACGAACAACAUCAGCACCUUCAACAGCGUCAACCGUCAGGGUCAUCCUCAGCACCUCUCUGUGCCCCGUGCUGCCCGGGGCCACCCUCAUUCCUCCAAAGUGAACUCUCAGCGAAUAAGACGCCACUCUGACACUACACACAGACACCUGUUACAGAGUGAGAGGAAGAUGACCAGUGAGACUCCACCCACCAUCUCUAUGGCUCUGGUGAACCCCCAAAUGUCCUCUGCCUCUGCAGACAACAGAACCUCCUCCACGCAGCAGCUCUCCAUCAGUGUGUGUGCCGUCCUGUACUCCUACAAACCUCGACGGCCUGAGGAGCUAGAGCUGAGGAAAGGAGAGAUGGUAGGAGUGUACGGAAAGUUUAAAGAAGGAUGGCUGCGUGGGUUAUCGCUCAGAACGGGCAAAGUGGGCAUUCUGCCCAGCAACUACAUUACGCCUGUGCUCAGAACCUCGGCCAGACUCCUGGAGACCAAAGCAGCUAAUGCAUCCUCACAGUACAACACAGUCACCGGAAAGAAACCCACAGCUGCCAAGAAUCCUGCUGUGGUCCUUGCUCUUGAUAGGGUAAACUCUGAUGGAGCGAUAUACUCAACAGGACAGGUCCCAUCUGUGCCAAAUGGAGCACAGCAUGCAGUAUCAUCCACUGGCGCUGGGAAACCGUCCCUCUAUGGGGGUUCACAAGGUUGGGACACUGUGAGGCGCAUCUUUAACCCUCAUAGAGGCUCAAACCAUUUCUCCCACACGUCCAAUCUGAACGUCCCGUCCAACUCACAGCACUUUGCACAAGUUCAGGCGUCCGGUUACUCACCUGCCAUGCAGAGGAAGAAAAACAGCAGCAUCCUGUUCAACUCUGGCAAACCACGAGGCUGGAUGACUGAGCCAGCAGUGCCCUCUGCUGCUGCAGUAUUUAAGGAGAAGGACUUCACUACCACAGCUGAGGCAAUAUAUCAGCAGGACAGACAGCCUCCCACUGGCCCUCACUCAAUUCUUGUCAGACCCGACUCACAUAAGAAUAAUACAGACAAGCCGGCAAAGUCAGUGCGGUUCUUCACCGAUGAAGACUCCCCUCCUCCAAGACCACGCACCUCCUCCUGGUCAGCAGGAAAUCAGGUUCCCUCCAACUCCCGCCCUGGCCCCCCUCUGUUAGAAGUGUGGGCCCCAUCACUCACCCUGGGAAGAGAUGGACCAGGGAUCAUUCUCAAAGAAGGAAAAGCUCCUGUUCUCAGGAAAGGCCUUGAAACUGUGGUCUCAGAUCUAAAUUCAAACCCGCAGAAACCAGUAUCAUUACAGCCGUCCCUAUUAGCCAUGUCAGCUCAGUUCAGCCCCUGCAGACACCGAGUGACCACAACGCAUUUAGCUCAGACAGACUCAGAGCUCAGUCUGCUUCAAGGAGAGUUUGUCCUCGUUCACAGACCUCGACCUGAUGGACGAGUCCUGGUGACUCAGGAGAGCAGUGGGCAGACGGGCUUAUUCCACAGCACGGUUCUUCAAGACCUCGAGAGGCUCAGCUGACUGUGUAGAGCUACUGUAGUAGUGUAUAUUUCUAUGCUCCAUGUGUUCAAACUGCCAAAAGACUUGACUGACCUGCUGAACAACAAGCUGCGUGUUGAGCUCCAAAGGUUAAUACUGCCAUUGACAAUCCUUUGAAGGAGGUGUUUAUUUUUGUCCUGAGUGCAUAUGAGAGUGUGGUUAAAAUCCCCCAGAGAUAUAUUGUGUGUUCUUCAACUUACAGUAAGUGCAUGUUUGUUACACAUGUAGCCUACUAACUAUUAUAAGAUUUUGCACAAAAUCCCACCUAAUGACUGUUCCUUGUUCAAUACCCAUGUUACACGCAAUGGUGAGUGCCUUUGUCAAAACCCACAAAGAAACAAACUAUAUUUAAAUAUAUUUAGAGAAAUCUUGAGUUAAGAUAUAUGUACUGCUUAAUGUGGUAAUAAACUAUACUUCCAGAA